AUGAAUUUCCCGGCUUUUCCCACGACAUGUGUUCCUGGUGAUCCGGUUUCCAAGGUUUCCCUUCAUCCGGACUUCACUAAAAACGUUAACGCCCCCGUUAUUCCGGAACCGACCUCAACGUUGGCGAUAUUUUUUAAAGUAUUUUUUUAUUUAGUAGCGUUUGUGUUGGAUAUUGUUGGUAAUUCCCUGGUUUUGUUGAUUAUAUAUCUUAACAAGAAAAUGCGCACCACGACCAACGUUCUAAUAUUGAACUUGGCUGUCUCGGAUUUGAUGGUGGGCGUGUUCUGUAUGUGGGUCCAUGUUGGCAAUCAGAUGACGUCAGAGUGGAUAUUUGGAGAUAUUGUUUGUAAAGUUAAUACAUUUAUACAAGUGUUGGCCCUGACCUCCAGUGUUCUGACCUUGACCGUGAUAUCUGUAGAAAGGUUCAUGGCUAUAGUAUUUCCGUUCAAGGCAAAAUGGUCACCAUGGGUAACAGGUGGUAUAGUGAUAGUUGAUUGGUUGGCAGCGAUAGCCGUAGCGGCACCUCAUCUGGCCGUAAGACAUCAACAUGAACAGAUUUGGAAGGAUCGUCAUGAAGUGUGGUGUGAAGAAGUCUGGGAUAAAUAUUAUAAAGAUGAGAAAUGUACGUCAUACGAACCUGGUAAAAUUAUCUACUAUGUGAUCGAGGCUACUGUCAUGUAUUUCCUGCCUAUACUGAUUAUGAUAGUGGCCUAUACGGUCAUAUCAGUCAAACUGCUCAUCAGAAAGGCACCGGGAGCGGUCAUAUCAGCUACAGCGUCGGCUCAAGAACGAGCAAAGCGAAAGGUGAUCAAGAUGUUGGUAGCUGUUCUCGUGGUAUUUAUCGUUUGCUGGACACCGCAACAAGUUAUACUAUUGUGGGAUCUCUUCAGAGCUAAACCUCCUGAUUAUGUUCAACCCUUAAAGUACAUGGCUCUAUAUAUCGCCUAUUUUAACAGCGCUAUGAACCCUAUUUUAUAUGGUGGAUUUAACGAGAAUUUUAGAAAGGGAUUUUCUGAAGCUUUCAGAUGUCUUUUGAUACGACGUAAAAACGUCAUCAAACCAAUAGGCAACAAUACAACCCACAGAGGACCGACAGGUUUCAGUGAAAACGAUGUUCCACUUACAGUGACGAAUGGAAGAACGGGAACGAAACCAACAACGGUCAAUACUCUGUACACACCUGAUGCUUGACAUCAUCGUGAACCAGGUUUAUCUAUUGACGAUGUUCUAUGGAGUAUGGAUAAUGUUAUUUAACUAUAUUGACAAUGUCA